GAACAGUGCGAACAGAUUAAAAGAGCGCGCUCAAUCUUUCAGUAGAGCGAAUCCCUUGGAAAGAUGGAUUACUUACACGGGAAGAGAGAGAUCGCAACGAUGAUUAAUUAGCUCCCAUGCCGGCUUCGUGUAUUCAUUAUUAAAACUCAACUCGUCCUUUGUAUGUAAUAAAAAGAGCAUUUGUAUAAAAUGAUAUUUUGACAAGAGAAAAUAAUUUCAUAUCAGACCUGCCUUUUGGAAACACUAGCCCAAGCUAUGUUUUCUUCAUCACUGCAUCGUCCGAACUUUUUUUUACACUUGUCAGUGAUCGUGUUUGUGAUCAGCUUAAACAGUGUUCAGACGAUUAAGUGGCUAUCUCUUUUGCGAACUGCAUCCAUUGGUACUAUUGACAGCGCUGAACUGUGUCCCAAUCUGGAAGGGCUGACGAGAAGACAAAUCAAAAUUUGCAUCCGGAACGUGGAAGUAAUGGAUAGCGUAAGGUUUGGAGCUGAACAGGCAGUCAUUGAAUGCCAGUGGCAGUUUAAAUAUCGAAGGUGGAAUUGUAGUACCAUAAACGGCACACGUCUCUUUGGAAAAACAGUUAUGGAAGGUACGAGGGAAUCUGCUUUCGUCCAUGCCAUUUCAUCAGCUGGAGUUUCGCAUGCGGUAACAAGAGCAUGCAGUAGUGGGCGGCUGGUUCGUUGCGGAUGCGAUCGCACAGUUCAAAAAUCUCCGGCAGAUUCUUUCAAAUGGUCCGGCUGUUCAGAUAAUAUAGCAUAUGGCACAGCUUUCUCGAAGAGUUUCGUCGACACCAAUGAUAUUCGACAAGCAAGAGGUAAAUCUGAUCCCAAAGCUAUAAUGAAUCUUCAUAAUAAUGAAGCUGGACGAAAGGCUAUUGAAUACCAGAUGCGUAUCGAAUGUAAAUGCCAUGGUGCAUCAGGAUCUUGCCAAACGAAGACAUGUUGGAGAGCUAUGCCAGAGUUUCGCAUGAUUGGUAGCGAUCUCAAGAACCGAUUUGAUGCAGCUACCGAAGUUAGGCCGAAAAAAAUGGGCAAAAGAACAAAAUUAGCCCCUGUCAGUAAUGUAUUCAAGCCAUUUACAGAUGUUGAUCUUAUUUACUUGAAGUCUUCACCAGACUUUUGUGAACCUAAUGAUAAAAUUGGAUCCCUGGGAACCCAUGGACGAGAAUGUAAUAAGACAUCCAGGGAUGUUGAUGGUUGCGAACUUCUUUGUUGUGGUCGUGGUUACAGCAGACAUCUACAAAAUGUAGUUGAGCGUUGCCACUGCAAAUUUCAUUGGUGCUGUCAUGUAACUUGCAAAGAGUGCAAAAGUGAAACAGAGACCUAUGAAUGUUUGUGAGAUGUGUGUCCACUUGAUUUGAAAUGAACUUAUCAUAUACUAUUCGUGUAAAUCCUCUGUAAUACAAUGCGCGGAAUUAUGAUUUCUACUGGGUAGGUACUUUUGAAUGUUACAGGGGUUCGAGUGACCCGAAAUUGUGUUCAAUCUGCAGUUUAUGAUACUUCAGCAUGACUAGCUAUUUUGUUUACUUGAAGUAUCAUAGAACAUUUCAGAGUGCCAAAUAAUUAGGAAAUUGCUCUUAAGUAAAAGGCUAGCUUUGUUAGUGAAGAACCAUAUGAAAUAUCAUAUUUUUAACAGACUUUGUGUGAUUUAACUUAUUUGCAGUUGAAGACACUCCUGAAUAGAAAUGAAUGUUUUUCAUUUCUCAAUGUAAGGUUAAAAAUCUCGCAAACAUGAAUUAUGAAAUGCACUAUUUACUUCAGAUGUUUUACGAAUCAUUCAGCUACUUUGCUCAAUAUCCGAGUUAAAAUUGCAUAGUCUCAAAGCGUAUUGAUGAUCGUUCAGUGUUUUUAUCUGUUUCCUCAAAAAUAAUACACAUUGCAGUUUGCUGUUCAUGGAAAGAUUUUGCAAUGCUUAAAGGUAUAUUGAAUGAGUAAAUGGGAAAUAAAGAAUGACUUUUGUCUUUUAUCGCAAAAAAUCCUAUCUUGUGGAUAUUAUCAAGUAUAAUACUAAAAUUUUAUUGCUAUCUACUUCAUUAUAUCAAAAUCUAUGUUUUAGUGCAGUAUAUUAAUUCAUCAUAACUUGAUUUAUAAACACUAAAAGUUAAUUUGUUUUACUAUUUUACCUCUUUUAGUAAAUAAAAAGGGAAUAUUUCCGAAAGGUAUUUCAGAUUAAUUAAUAUU